AUGUCCAUAUUUCAGAAGGAAGACUACAAUGCCGCGGAUGCAGUUUUUGCUAGUGGUGUUGAAAGUCGAACACAGUCCACACCCGUACAACAUUCCAAGUAUACCGAGACCAUGGAUCAGAUCCUGAACACCCCGGCAGCCCUCAGUGUUCUGUCAAUGGGCUACAGCAAGGACAUGGUCUGUAAGGCCGUAGAGAGGUGUCUUCAAUCAGGGAAAACGAAACUAUCUGCCACAGAAAUAAUGACGGUAAUAAUAGAUAUGGAGGAGGAAGAGGAAAUCGGGGAAAACCUGGAAACAGAAAACGUGCUAAGUGAGACAAAAUGUGAAAAUGUAUCGGAAAAAGAAUGUGAAAUUGAACACGACAAACGUGAAAAAGAAAUCGACUUUGUUAAUCAUCACAUAUCAGACUCAAAAAUGUAUUCCCAGUGUACAGAAGAACCAUUAUCGGGACAAAAUACUAUUUAUACAUAG